UGCGAACAGCGCGACUGAUGUAUCCAUGAAAUCGUUACUACAAAGAUGGCGGAUUUCCUGCCCUCCCGGACUGCUUUAGUUUGUAUUCCCAGUUGUCUCCUCUCGGGCGGUGAAAUCGACCAAAUCAGAAAGUCUAAGGAGAUAGACAAAAGCCUGUCUCGGGAGAAGACGUAUGUGAAGAAACUGGUGAAGAUAUUGUUGUUAGGAGCGGGCGAAAGUGGCAAGUCAACUUUCCUCAAACAAAUGCGCAUAAUUCAUGGGCAGGACUUCGAUCAGCAGGCCAAAGAAGAGUUCCGGGCUACAAUCUACAGCAAUGUGAUCAAAGGUAUCCGGGUGCUGGUGGAUGCACGUGAGAAACUGCACAUCCCUUGGGGAGACCCUGAAAAUCAGGUUCAUAUGGAGACUGUGAUGGCCUUCGACACCCGCUCAUCCAUGAUGGCCAAAGGGAUGGUGGAGACCAAAGUCUUCCUGAACUACCUGCCCUCCAUCAGUGCCUUGUGGCAGGACAGUGGUAUUCAGAUUGCCUAUGACAGACGAAGAGAGUUUCAACUGGGUGAAUCUGUGAAAUAUUUCCUGGACAAUAUGGAUAAAAUUGGACAUCCGGACUAUUUGCCUAGCCAAAAGGAUAUACUUCUGGCACGGAAGCCCACCAAGGGUAUCCAUGAGUACGACUUUGAAAUUAAAAAUGUUCCUUUUAAGAUGGUGGAUGUGGGAGGGCAGCGGUCGGAGCGUAAGCGAUGGUUUGAGUGCUUUGACUCUGUGACCUCCAUCCUCUUCCUAGUCUCAUCCAGUGAGUUCGAUCAGGUUCUCAUGGAAGAUCGUCUGACCAACAGGCUUACAGAGUCACUCAACAUCUUCGAAACUAUCGCCAAUAACCGCAUCUUCUCCAAUGUCUCUAUCAUUCUUUUUCUCAAUAAAACAGACUUGCUGGAAGAAAAAAUUAUGACUGUGAACAUCAAUGACUACUUCCCCGAGUUCACAGGGGAGUCCAACAAUCUGCAGGAUGUGCAAAAGUUCCUGGUGGAGUGCUUCCGUAACAAGCGCCGGGAACAGCAGCAGAAGCCCCUUUACCAUCACUUCACCACUGCCAUUAACACAGAGAACAUUCGCCUUGUCUUCCGUGAUGUCAAAGACACCAUCUUACACGACAACCUCAAACAGCUUAUGUUACAAUGAAAGACCCCAGGUGACCUUUCAGAACAUUCCAUUUUAAUUAGGUUUUUACUUUAUUUAAUACAAAGUGGUUCAAUGCAUAUUGUGGUUGAAGAAAAAUGGACAGGAUAAUUAUGCAAACUUCAAAUUAUUGCAUAAUAUUACUGUCAUAUACAGUAUAUGCCAGGAAUUUGUUAUGUGCCAGAAGACAACUGUUUUAAGCUUGUUGUAGCCAUAUCAUUUAAGGAAAAGUCCUUAGUUAUUCACCAAAAUGCUGUAAUUGUGUUGAUGUACUUUGUUUGUGAAUGCAUAUUUUGUAUGGAUCAGUGAACACUCCUGUAAACCAUAGGCUUGGCACCCUGUUUUGGUGAAGCUUUUCAGAAAGAAACAGAAAACUCAGGGCUCUAAAUAUUUAAUUCAGACAGAUCUUCUGCACCAGUGAGCAAUUUUUUUUAUAUAUAUAUAUAUAUAUAUAUAUAUAUAUAUAUAUAUAUAUAUAUAUAUAUAUAUAUAUAUAUAGAAGAGCCUGGUUUUGCUGCCUUUUUCAUCCCCACAAUCAAAAUGCCUUUUUUGUUGCACUCGGAUCAGUAUAAUAAAGUAGAACAUUUAAGGUACCUUUUCAUGAAGUACACUUUUCAAUUCUAUAAAAGGGAAAGUACAUUUUGAGGUUUGCCUUUCAAGACUGUACAAUGUGUCUCAUUUUCUUACAUUUUUGAAAUCAUGUUUUAUUUUACACUUAACAUACACCCUUCAUUAACCACUGAAAACUGUUCCAAUGAGUCUUAAAUAUGCAUUGCUGAAUGUCCAGUAAAUAUCAAGAGUUUUCUGAAAGCCGUUAUAUUGAACGCUUUAGAAAUGUUUUUUUUUUUUUUGGUUGUUUUUUUGGUCUGCUCCUGUGUAGGUUGAUGUGGACUGCUUUAGCUCAGGGUUUUAUAAAAUGACUGUUAAAGCAGUCCAUGUGUAUUCCUGUUUAUUGCUUAGUACAGACAUUACGGUUUUCAUUUUUUAUAGGCCAUAGAGGUCACCUUUGUUUGCCUUAAGUAUCUAUACAGGACACUUUCAUUUGAGAUCAACCAAAGCUGGUUUGAUUUUAGGCCAAUUGAAAUAUGUUGAUGGAGAGACUAAGUCUUAAAGUAAUCUUAAUGAAAAGAAGCACUGUAAUCUGAAUGUUGGUAGUACAUUGAAAUUAGCUGAUUGCCUGCAUUCAGGUCUGUGUAUAAAAUCUGUAAAAAUUAUUUGCUGUGUAUCUUUUGUUAUGGCCAUAAUCACUUGCUUUUUGUAUAGUAUGUGUUCAUUUUUAAAAAAAAAAAAUUUUUUGUUGAUCCCAGUUCUGCCUAUUAAAUCUGAUUGUUUUACCAGAAUGGCUUUUUUAAAAAAAAUUGUAUUGGUUUAUUUUAUUAUUAUUCUUUUCCACUAUAGACAGUCUACCUGCU